AUGCCUUCAAUCGUCGGUCAGUCGCUAUUCGCCGUCGCUUUGCUCACUGUCGCCCUUGUCGACGCGGCGCCAGCGGUUCGUUUUUUUUUUAGACUACUUUCACUGUUUCAAUCUUUUGAUCCUUGACUUUUCUUCUCGAAAUUUUAUAACUUUUCUUGACAUUGCUGUUUCAGUGGCGGACAGUUUUUAUAUGUUUCACGAAUCUAAAAGAUUCUGUUUUUGAUUUUUUUUUUUCUCACAUUACUGUUUCAUUAACGGACAGUUCCCAUAUGUUUUACGAAUCUAAAGGAUUCUUUUUUUUAAAUUUUUUUUUUUGGCUUCACAUUUCAAAAAUGAGUUUUUCUUCCUGUUUUUUUGGGUUCUAGAUAGCUGUUGCUUCACUUCGAAAAUCGUUUAAUAAUUUUUGAUUUUUUCGAUUUUUCUAACUAUAGUUUAGUUUCAGUGCUUCGUGUCUAAAAUUUAGAAGAAAUUUCAAUCAGCAAACGAAUUUUUAAUCCAUUUUUUUAGAGCUCUGAACUUUUUUUCCAGCUAGAAAUGAUUAAAAAAAACCCUUCAAAAGUUCAUUCCGAUUAUCUUGAAGUUGCAGUGUUUUUGAAUUGAUUGGGCCAAGAUUUAGGGAUCUUCAAAACGCAAUCAUUUUUCCAACCCCUUUUCACUUUCUCGAAGUUUUUUCCCUGUCCUCCCCGUUAUUAAAAACGUACUUUGAACGUUUCCCAUAACCGGAAAGGGCUCGAAAAAAGUCCGCCCAUCAGAAACAACCUGAAAAGCUUUUCAUAGGAUGACAUGAAAUGUUGCAAUAUCUGGAAAAGGCGUCCUCCAUUUUCCAAAGAGCCCGACACCGAAAUGAGAUUAUUUACGAGAGGCGGAGAGAUGCAGAGCAAUUGGAUAGAAAACCCCGGGGCAAACAUGCCCUCGGGCCCUUUUUUCUCCUUUCCAUUUUCUCCUUUUCAUUGGGAGGCCUGCCAAUUGAGAGGAGCCAGUCGGGCGGCGGUAAUUUGAAGAAACAAGUGCGCUCUGAUGAGAAUUCCUUGUUUUGAUGGUCUUUUGAAGGAUUAAUUGGGUUCCGAGGAAGUUUGCUUUUUUCGGUGGUUUCUUAAGGACAGUAAAAACGUCGGGAAGGAUUCUCUACGGGAAAUAUUUUUUGAAGCAAAGGUUCUUUGAAGAGAAUUCCUUGUCUCAAUAUGAUAAGUUAAUUUUCUUUUAAAGAUUCUCAUGUCAAUAUUUAGGCCUUGAAAGAGAUAAUUUUAAGAGCAACUGCGCUCUGAUGAGAAUUCCCUGUUUUGAUGGUUUUUUGAAGGGUCAUUUAUUGGGAAAAUUUAUAGUGGGCACUAUAGAGGAGAGGACACUAAAGUGGCCACUAAACCCACCUCUAUAGUAGCCACUUCAGUUGUUUUUCAUCCAGUGCUCCUCCCAGUAACUCUGAUAGUUUUAAAACAAACAGAUUGGACCAGUUAUUUUGAUCCAUUGACUCCUAAAGUGACCACUAAAACUUUCAGUGGUCUAGUAGUAGCACUCAGACCUCUCUAGUGGCCAUUAAUUUCAACCCCUUAAGUGGCCACUAAUUUGACUACUAAAGUGGCCACUAAAAAUUUUCCCAGUAAGUUCCGAGAAAGUUUGCAUUUUUCAGUGGCUUCUUAAGGGCAUUCAGAUGGUCAUGAAGGCUUCAAAUUUGACAAUUUUCCAGCCUAAAUGGAGUAUGAUAUUUUCUAUAAAGCUAGUUAUUAAAGUUCAUGAAAAGUUUUCUCAGACGGCUUCAAGAAAAAUAAAGGACGUGAAAAUAGUUAUGUUAGCUUUUUGAAAGCCUGAAGUGCAACUUUGAUGAAAGCGAGCUCUAUUGAGAAUUUCUUGUUUUGAUGCCCUUUCAUCAAUUUCCGAAAAAGUCUAGGCUUUUUAGAACUUUUCCAAGAUAGGAGAGUUCUAAAAAAAGGUUUUUUCAAUCUCUUGUUUUGUACCUGGCUUUUUAGUUCCUGGAUAGUACAUGUUUUUUGGUUUUAAAAUUUAGUCUUUAAUAUUUUUCUCAACAGAUGAUACUAUUCAAAAGACAAGUUUAGAAAAAGCUUCAGAAAUAAAAAAUGUUUCAAGUAACUUUUCUGAACUUGACAACUUCUCAUUCUACGGUGCACUUGACAGGUUUCUGGAAGCGACAAGUGGGAUUUCCGAUCCUUUUGAUCGGAAGUUCAAAGGUUUCUCUGCAGCAGAACUUUCCUGGGAGCAACUUUUCCGUCAUUUUUAACCACCCACUGGGUUUAUUUUGCCAACCUCCUCCAAUAAAUCUCGUGAUGAAAAAGCUUCAGUAUUAAUCCGCUGCGUGGAUCGGAUAUGAGCUUCUUCUUAAGCCGUGGAAAAGCUUCUGGGAAUCUUCAGUAUAGAGGGUGUGGUAUUGGAAAAUUUUUUAAAAUGACAUCAUUGAACAAAAAAAAACUUUUUAUUUGUUUCUUUGGUUUCAGGAAUUUUUUGACAGCUUAAAAAAAUAAAUAUUUGAAUAUUUGAGAACCUUGAUAACGAUAAGAGAUAUAAGAAGGUUUUAGAUCCUUGAUAAGUUAAAGAAGGGCAUCGGCUCUUUGGAUCCGUGACUAAUAGAAAAAUAUGGCUUUUUUAUAUGACCUUCCUGUUUCAAAUCCAAAAGUUCAUCCUAUUUUUUUCCGUAUUCGAUACACCUACAACUCCGGGUUAUCUUCAAAUUGAAAAGGAGAAAAACGAGAGGAUUACCGUAAUCUGUUAUCGUGCGUCAGAGCAAACUUGCUCCCGGAGAUUAGUUCCAAAAUGAUUAAACUGAAGGCCAGUUGAGGGGUUCACACUUCAUUUGUUCCGAUAAUUAGUGAUUUUGGUACUCCGGAAACGAUGAAUCACCACGAGAUUACUGUACUUCCGGUGACGAAUCCCAAAAACGCCUUUUAGAAGAUAGGAAAUGAGAUUUCCUCCCGUUUAUCCCCAUUUUUUCGAAGUUUGACCUUUUCCAACAUUCUCCUGAAUCUCGAAAAAAAACCUGUUCGUCGAAAUUUGUCAUCUGAAAUGAAUAAAUCUUCUCGAGAAAACCCGAAAAUAAACGUGUAUAAAUCAUUUGAAAUUUUCGCCAAUUCUGUCUGCGUCUCUUGCUCUCUCGUCAGCUCUCCUUUUCAGGAAGCUUUCCUCAAUAGGAAGAGAUAAAAGGAAACGAGUCGAUAUCCCAAAGGGGACCUUUUUUUUCGUCUUUUAUGGCUUUUGGCACUUUACUUUUGAGGGGGGAGUGGUCUUUUAAGGGGUUGAAAGUUUUUAAAAACUUUGAUUUUGAAAUCGUAUGUAUUCAUGCAGAAUAAAGCUUAAUACAUUAAAAAAAUGUUUAACUUCAAUUUCCAAACUCUAGAUUGCUGUAGAGGCCUCUUUAGUGAUAAAGAAAAUUGAAUAAUUAAAUUAGCACCCAUUUUAAUUGUUUAAGGCUUUUACACUUCUCAAUACCCCGUGUGAUAGCGAUUUUCAUUAAUUAGCACGUGUAAAUACUCCUGCUGAAACAGCAAAGGCGCCUCUCGACCCUCUCAUUUUCAAUUCUGUCCGCACUUUAAAAGCCUCCUCGAGAAUCGGCUUUCCUUUCUUAUUCAGCGGGUGUUCAUUAGCGAGAAAGAAAAAGGUCCAUUCUCUAUCCUUUCUCCUUUUUUUCUCUGACUAUACAGCUGUACUAUUUAAUGUUGUUUUUGGGCCUUUUGAUGAUAAUUAUACUGCGAAUCUCAUGGGUCCAAUUAAUUUCCCUCCCCUAGGAAAACAAAGGGAAUAAUAUUUGGGCUCGGUGGAUUUCUCAGAUGAAAAAAAUAUUCUGGAACUUUUUCAUUUUAUUGAAUUUUCAAUGAUACAAAUAGAAUUGGCUUCAUUUGAACCCUUUCAAAAAUUUUUCCAAAAAAACUUAUUUCGAUAAUUCAAUGUUUCAAGCUUGCGAAAACUCAGAAAAGAUUAGUUUUCCCUUUUUUUUCCGAGGGCAGCAGGUGCUUCUCAAGCCGGAAGUCUGCUGAAAAUUUUCACCUCCAAAAAUUUUUCGGUUAAGUUUUUUUGAGUGGGAUGAUAAAAAUUCACUAACUCUUCGAUUUCAUAAUAAUUUCUUGUUUCCAAAACAUGCCCUUCAAGUAUCGUAUUCAAUAGUUUUACUCAAAACUCAAUUAUUCGGAGGCUAAUUGGGUCGGCGGCGGUUAACUAAUACAAUUCUAGCCACACACAUGGGUUCUGGCCAAGAUUUUAACCUUUUUAGAGGAUUCCUUGAGCAUUUCCAAUGAGGAAAUCAUCUUGGAAAAUAAGAAAAGCGAUUUUUGGCGCAACGCAACCGCGACGCGUCGAGCCAUUUCACUUGCUGUCCUGGUUUUUUUGAAUGUGUUAAAUUUUUUUCUUGAGGAAAAAAAGGCUAUUUUGAAAUUUUUUUGCAAAACUUUCUAUGUGGAGAAAAAAAUUGUUUUUGGACUCAAUUUUUUUGUAAAGUUUUUCCGCUAGGAUCAUAAAAAAACUUUUAUAUAAAAGUUUGAUAUAAAUUCUUUCUUGAAAAAAACAUUUUUUUCUACUUCAACUUUAAUCGGAAAUUUUUCUGAACAUGCUGGAAAAAAACACGUUGCAGCUAGGAUUAACACAAUUUCAAUAUUUUGAGCGGUUUUUUUCAUUCCAUCUUCAAAAAUUCAUCAUUUUUUCGAAGUAAAAAAUUGGCAAAAAGAAAGUUCACCAAAAAGGAUCCGAACCAGCAUCAUAGGUUCUACAGUUCUGGAUCACUAGCCACUACACCACGCCGCCUUCUUGCAGUUGAAGUGCGCCGCCGCAAGACGUUCCCUCCUCCCUUCCAGUGAAUUUUUCGAGUGCAUACUUUCAGGCGCUAUAACUCGAGUAGAACCAAAAAAGCGCACAUUUUCUCAACUUUUUUGGAUUCAGGAUGUCCGAAAGUGCCUAUAUACCAAGUUUCAUUAAAUUCUAAUACCUCGACAUUUUGUAAAGGGAAUUUGAUAGUGCUGAUCCACGGCGUUCCCAAAUUUGGUGGGGAGACGUCAAAAAAUUUUGGCGCGAAGCUUGAAAUCUCAAGUACGCAGCCAAAUUUAUUCUUCAUGCCGUUGAAUACUCAGUUUAAUUUGCAACGAUAGGUAGCUGUGACGUCACAGUCCUUUUAUCCGAAGCGCGCACUUAUUUUUUUUUUGUAAAUUCAGAAACUUUGACGCCUCGCUCACCUUCCCUCACCCCGUUAGGAAUGCCGUGUGAUCGCGAAAAAUCUCUCGAAAAUUAGAAAAAAGCUCACUGAAUCGGCCACCGUAACCCUAACCGUCCGCAUUUUCCAGAGCGCUUAGAAAGGUGUCGAUUCUAUGCGCAAAUUGCCGUGCUUCCGUGUUUGCCAGCGACACUGAACCUCAAGAAACAAACGAACACGCGAGCCGCUCAUUUGAUACAAGAACGCACAUCAAUGACUAAUGCUCACAAAUACUUUCGCUUCCUAGCGGGAAAAAUCGCAAAUUGGAUAGGGAAAUAUUUCGAGAGAAAGUUUGGAAUUUCCGUCUUUUCGUAGUAUCCUUUGUAGGUUUUUAUGGCUUCUUAAGCCUAUUUGGGGAAAUCUGAAAAAUUCCUUGAAUAAUCAGGGAAGAGCUUUUCGGUUUGACUCGUUGCCCACAAGCAUUCGACACACAGCCUCUAUAGGGACCGAAAAAGUGGCUCCUAAAAGGGUAAAAUUGAGGUGUUCCUUAUAGGGGUUUCAGGUCUGGCCCUUUAGCCCUUAAAGCUCAAGUGGUCCCUAUAGGGGCCAUCUUUAUUCGAAAAAAGGUUAAUUUUUUAGUUUUUUGAAAAGAGUCCAUAAAAAUUAUCGACUAGCAUGUCCCCUAUAGGGGCGACUAACUAAAAACCCCCAUAGGGGCCCUUUUGCAAGUUUAAGUGGCCCCCAUAGAGGUUGGUGUAGUGCUCCCUAGAAAGGACCCUCCAAAGGCCCCUAUAGGAACCACUCUGGAGUUUCUAACCACUGAGCCUUGGCUAUCAAUCAAGAAGUAUGGUGCGACUUCUGAGCUCUCGAAAAGCUUCAAAUCGAAUUUAGAGGGCUUCUCUUUUUUUUUCCUGGACCAUGGCACAUUUUCUUCAUUUUGAAUCAGUUGGUUGGACAUUAUUUUGAAGAUUUUCGAUAUUUCACAUCGACUAGAGUUUUAGCUUGAAGUUUAAAAUUUGAAAGCAAACUAGAGAUUUUCCGUAACGCGAAACGGACAUGCUCCGGAUCUUUCUGGGCACUUCUAGGGAUCACUUAAGAGUACUGACGCCACUAAAUGGGUCACUAGAAAUGCCCUGACUCGUCUGCGUUACCAAGGCCCGAGCCCUCAGUCUUUCUUUCAUCGUGACGCAUUCCUGAGGUCCUGUCUUUAAAUAGGGCCUAACAUCUAGGAAAAAUGGUCUCAUACAGAAGUCCCACUGUGAGCUGAGACCAUUCCCUGGUAAUUUCCUUUUUCACUCGCCUACCCUGCUUGCCAAGAGCUUCUUAUCAUCUACAGCUUACUUACGAAGAUUCAAUAACUUUUUUUUAGUUGUUCAGAUCCCAAAAAUCACUCAAAGGAUCCUAGCUUCAACUCCUAGCCACUAAAAGCUCAAGUCUCUUGGCCUAGCCUACUUUCGUUCUUGCAUACUAAUCAAGUGUUCAACGAUCUUUCGGCGGCGGCGUGUAUUUAAUAAGAAUGAAUGCAUGGGUGAAGGAAAAAAAGAAGUAUCGCAAUUCUGGCCGACGAGAGCCGACCGAUUAAUUGAAUUGCCGCCCGCUGCAGCCGGUGCCGCCGGCGAAAAACAUGAGUAAAAUGGGAUUUCUUUUUACUUUCUCGGAUCGGAGCACAACUUGAGAAUAACAAGGAGUUUACACCUGUCCCUCGCUUCAUUUUGAGCCUAUUGAAGGAUUUCCAUUCUUGGAGUAUACGUGUCUGAAAAGAGAUUUCCUGUAGAGCUGAAGCUUCCGGAUUCUUUUUACGAUACAAAAUGAAGUUGAAAAUCGAUCUUGACCUCUUGGCUCAGUGGCUAAAGCGUCUAUUGCCAAUAUAACGAGCUGGGUUCGAACCUCGCGGCCUUUUUUUGCCAUUUUUCCUCAAAUGUGAACAGAAUGAUUCCAUAGACAAAGUCGGAAGAACCCUCCGAGGGUCGUUUUUUUGGACCCUGUUUGCAGCCUUUUUGAGGUCUCUUUGCUGCCUUUCUUGCCAUUUUUCCUCAAAUGAAGUGAUGAACAGAAUGAUUCCAUAGGCAAAGUCGGAAGGACCCUCCGAGGGUCCAUAAAGUCUGCUCAAAGGUUCCAGAAAUGUUCUUUUUAGGGUGACAAAGGAUCCUUUUUCGCUGCCUUUUUGCACCAUUUUAUCAGCCCUUAUGCCCCAUUUUCACUACCUCUCCCUUUUUCCACCCAUUCUCGAGCCUUUAAAAUUUAAGAGAGUAUGGAAGGCUCGGUAAAGGGACCCUUUUUGCAGCCUUUUUGAGGCCUCUUUGCUGCCUUUCUGCGCCCUUUUCUGGUUCAACUUUAAAGCUAAAAAAUGUGGUUGAAAUUGAACUCGACUUCUUGGCUCAGUGGCUAAAUCUUCUAUUUCCAAUAUAACGAGCUGGGUUCGAACCACGCGGCCUUUUUUGCCAUUUUCCCCUCAAAGUGAGAAAAAAGGUUAUUCUAAACCCCAAUGGACCAAGUGUUUUUUCGGAUUCUCUGUGUCUCAGUGGCUAAGAGCUCUGUUUGCCAUUCUAACUACCCAGGUUCAAAAACUACACCCUUGUUUUGCUCUUUUCCAUCAAAGUUAGUAAAUAGUAUGCUUCCUUUUCAAGCCAUAUCAUUAGUCAUUAGGCCGUGACUAGUCGUUUUAUAAUUGGAUCAUGAUGCACUUUUCCUCUUACUCAUCCAUCAGAAUAAGUAAUUUCAAAAUUAAAUUCGAGAUAAUUAAUUGAGUGAUUAAUUUGCAGCCGACCACAAAGACGAUCGAGAAGACGAAAGGUUCAAAUGUGAAAAGCCAAGGUGAUUUUAUUUUAUUUUAUUGUUUUUUUUAAGCUUUGAAAGUGUGUAUUGUAUUCGUUGAAGACAUGAAAGCGCCUUAGUUAAAAAAAUGUUUUUUUAUAAUUUUCAUCAUUAUAUUAUCAAAUCUGAGCCGUUUUAUCGAUAGAGCACUCUAAAGGGCGAAAAAUAGCCUUGAUAAUUCCAUGAUUUUCAGUAAAUGCGGGAAAAAUGCUGCGGAGAGGGAAGCGGCAGGUCGUCAUCGAACAGGCAGACGAUGACGAGAACGACGGCGAAAAUGACGAUGAGAUUUUGCGCCAACAGUUGUCAGGUACCUAGGUUACUGUACUCGGUCGCACUUGGAAUGGCUCGGAUCCUUGGGUUCUAUUGUAGCUGAUUCACGACUGGCUUGAGCCAUCAAAAAAAGGGUCCUGACACGAUAAGAAAAGAGACAGUGUCUGGUUGGUGGAGAGCACAGACAGGCCCCGCCCUUUUGCGUCCCAAGCGGUUAUAACCAGCUACUGAAUGGACAGCCAUUCCAAGUGCGGCUAUGGUUUUUCGAGAAUCUUGUAAAGUUCUCGUAUAGCGGAUUCACGGCUGGCUUGAGUCAUCGAAAAAAGGGUCCUGACACGACAAGAAAAGAGACAGUACCUGGUUUGUGGAGAACGCAGACAGGACACGCCCCCUUAGCGUCCCAAGAUGACCGUGAAUCAGCUAUACUAUGAAAAAGUUUGAAUUUUGAAUGCGAAAAGUCCAUUUUUUUUUUCUUCAAAGGAUCUCUUGGAUUUUUGUAGUUUUUAUAAAUUUUUUUAGAGUAUUGGUAUCCCAACUACGAAUUUUUGUAGCUUUUGGUCUCUUUGUUCGAAAAGAAAAAAAAAUCUCUUUCGAUCACUUCUUUUCCCCACUACUAAAUUUUGAAGACUUUAUUUUUCCUGUUCUCUAAAAAAACAUAGCUGAAAAAAAUUCCAAUAAACUUGAUUUUUUUCCCUAUUCCCAGCGCUUUCAAAAAUAACAGCUGAAAAGGAUUUUAAUCAGCUUUAUCAUGAAGCUCUUGAAGAUAGAAAUCUUACUAUAACAUAUUUCUCAGUCUUCACAAAGUGCAGAUUUUCUGAAUAAAUUGGAGCUCGAACAAAGCUUUUUGUUGGUAACUCGAUGAAGUUUCAGGCCUUCCUGGCUCAGAAAAAAAAAAGAAUCUGUGCCUGGAAUAACGGAAAAUAAGAAGAAAAGCUUUGAUAUUGUGAAGUUAAUAAAUAAAUUUUGAAUACUAUUCUUUCCCCUUUUUCAUUAAGUCUUUACGAAAAUUUAUGAGCAUCAAAAAAGAACUUUUUAAAAAACACCGUUCGGACCUGAAGGACGAAACGGACUAGAAACCACAGACUUUUUUUAGUCAUGGAAUCGGAUUUUUGAAAACCAUGUUGAUAUCCUGGAAAUACGACUACAGAUGAAAAAAAAAGAUUUAAAAAAAAAUGUUUUUCUAGCCAUUUUCGAAUCAAAACUUCAAAAAUCUAUCUUUGCAGAACUGAGCGACGAUCAACUGCUUGUAUUGGCACAAAUAGUACAAUCAGAAAUCGAUAAAUUCCAACCGGAUCAAAUUGUCGACGCCUACGAGAUUGUCGAAUUGCCGGAUUAUGGUAGGUUUUGAGAGAGUUCUAAUAGAUUCUGCAAACUGACUUUUGAUCCAAAAAUAGCUGGGAAGGGGCUAAAAUUUUUUUGAUACUGAAAAAGGCAACUUUUUAAGAGCUAUUUUGUCACAUUUUUGUCAAAAGGCUGUAAUUUUGAUACUCUUCAAAGUUCCAGCCGUGUGGUACAUUCUUAGGAACUGCAGAGGGGUCCCUAUAGGGGGCAAGCUUUGGAGCCCUUGGAGGGUCCCCUCUAGGGAUCACUUUACCAACCACUAUAGGGGCCGCUAAAGCUUGCAGAAGACGCCCCUAUAGGGAGUAUGAACUCUGAGCGAAGAAGCAUUUCCAUGCGAAAAACUGAAAAUGAAAUUGGAAACCCCUAAAGGGUCCACUUGAACUUUGAGGGGUAAGAGGUCGGUCCCUGAACCCCUAUAGGGGCCACUCUGAAGUUCCUAAGUUGCCUAGAUUGUCUGCGGGAAAAAACUCUGAGCUACUCCUAGUUUUUUGAACUUCUGGCUUUUUGCUGACGAGAGUUGUAUAAAAACUGACGAUUUGGUUUCGAUCGAUAGAUCCCAAGUUGCAGUGACAGCGCCGAUGGAGAUGAUGCCAAGGGACCGGAGAUCAGCCAGCGGAAUCGACAUGGACGAGAUGCGAGAGCUGCAGGAGGCCCUCAGACAGCCGAUGAUCGAAGAAGAGGACGACCUCGGCCAGGAAGACAGUUUCGACGAGCCUGAGGUGAUCUUUUCGAAGGAUCUUGUUGGGCUAAAGUCUUAUUUCGAAUCUCUCUUCUUUCCAGAUGGGCUAGUCAAAAUUGGACUUUUCUAGCGCUUCCAGGACAGCUCAUUCCAUGUUUUCCUUUUUUUUUUUUCCAAGCUACAGAACCCUUUUCUUCGAUGCGCGCGGCUUGUCUGGGUUCAUGUGCCUUUAAUAUAACGAUAACUUGAAAGCUGCGCCUUUAAUAUAACUGCAAAUGGAAAGCUGCGCCUUUAAUAUAACGAAAAUUUUCAAGCUGUGCCUUUAUCAAAACAGAAAUGUUCAAGCUGCGCCUUUAAUAGAACGGAAAUUUUCAAGCUGCGCCUUUAAUAGAACGCAAAUUUUCAAGCUGUGCCUUUAAUAUAACGAAAAUUUUCAUGCUGUGCAUUUCUAAGCAAAUAAAAUUACUUUGUGCUUUUUUAAAAUUACACCGUCUAAAUCUUAUUUUAAGUGGCCAUUUGUCUUUCAGAUUCACUGAGUAACCCAUAACUUGCCUUAAGUGAUUACUACAGUACUUAUAAAAUGAUUUCAGAUCGUGGUGGUACCAGAAGAAGUUCUAGAAGCGGCGGCGGCAGAACAGGAGCUGGACGACCUCGAGCUUCGCGAACGGAUCGCAGAAAUCGCCGGAAUCCUCAAUGAACGUGCCAGUCGUCGUGUACGUCUUCUUUAA